AUGUCCCCAGUGGCAAACUCCACCACGGGCAGUGGCUCCCGCCGGGACUCCCUGACGGGCAGCAGCGACCUGUACAAGAGAACCUCGAGCAGCCUGACCCCCAUCGGCCACAGCUUCUACAACGGCCUGGGCUUCUCCUCCUCGCCCGGGCCCGUGGGGAUGCCCCUGCCCAGCCAAGGGCCCGGCCACUCGCAGACUCCUCCUCCUUCCCUGUCCUCGCACGGCUCCUCCUCCAGCCUCAACCUGGCUGGCAUCACUCCAGGGCUGCUUUUCAGGUUUAUCCAGCUGAAACUGGAGCGUGCCACCCCGGCAGAGCGUCAGCUGGUGUUCAACGAGAUCCUGCAGGCAGCCUAUCAGCUCAUGGUGGAUGUCUUCGGCAAUUAUGUCAUCCAGAAGUUCUUUGAGUUUGGCAGCCUGGAGCAGAAGCUGGCGCUGGCAGAGCGCAUCCGUGGCCACGUGCUGUCCCUGGCCCUGCAGAUGUACGGCUGCAGGGUGAUCCAGAAGGCCCUGGAGUUCAUCCCCCCAGACCAGCAGGUAAUUAACGAGAUGGUUCGGGAGCUGGACGGGCACGUGCUCAAGUGCGUCAAGGACCAGAACGGGAACCACGUGGUGCAGAAAUGCAUCGAGUGUGUGCAGCCUCAGUCCCUGCAGUUCAUCAUCGAUGCCUUCAAGGGCCAGGUGUUCGCUCUGUCCACGCACCCCUACGGCUGCAGGGUGAUCCAGAGGAUCCUGGAGCACUGCCUGCCCGAGCAGACCCUGCCCAUCCUGGAGGAGCUCCACCAGCACACGGAGCAGCUGGUGCAGGAUCAGUAUGGGAAUUACGUUAUCCAGCACGUCCUGGAGCACGGCCGGCCCGAGGACAAGAGCAAGAUCGUAGCAGAGAUCAGAGGCAACGUGCUUGUGUUGAGUCAACAUAAAUUUGCCAGGUAGGAAUCCCUCCCUGGAGUUUUCCCUCUGGGAGCAGGGACACAUGGAAGAGCUGCAGAGGACUUAGGGGGUUUUGGGAAUCCUCUGAGAAGUGAAAAUGACUUUUGCAUGGAAAGAUGUUAUAAUGGUUAUGAGCUGGGGUGUGUCAGCCGGUCUGUCGUGGAGGAGGAUGGAGAUGUGGAAGAGCAGCUCUGAUCCAAGCUCCCAGAUUUAACCAGGAAUUCUUGCUUGGUUUGGUUUAUCUGAUUUAUUUUCACGGGGUUGAAGCUGUCACUGCCCUGUGGGUGAUAAGAACAUUCACUGCCCUGGGAUGCUGUGUCCAGCCACGGGGGAUUUGGGAAAUCAGUGCAGCAGCAAUCCAUCCCACUUUUCCCAGAGGGAUUUCCACUCCCAGCAUCAUUCCCAGCUUUCUGCUGUGUCCCUCUUGAGCCACACCCAAGGAAUCCUCCAUGGGGAGCUGCAGCAUUCCCAGAUGCUGCAGAGCCCCCGUGGGUGAAGCAGAACCCAGGUAUUUGUGCUUCCCAUGUGUGGGAAUCCCUGCUGGAUGUGCUUCCAGCCCUUGGAACACGAAGGCUGAGCUCUUCAAAGGCUCAGAAUUCCCCCUUCCUCUGAUGAGAACACUCAUGGACACGAGGGAAGCAGAGCAUUAAUGAGAAUCAGGAGAGCGUGGUCUUCACGUUGUUAUUUCAGGUUCUUCCUCCCUGCUUUGCCUCCCUCUUUAUUCCCAACCUCCUUCCCGGCUGGAGCAUUAAUUAGUGGAGGUUCCCCCGGGCUGAGCCAGCCUGCUGGUGCUGCUGGGAGCCAGGCAGGGCUGUGGGAUGAGCCCAGCCCUCAGUCCCCUUCCACACCCCCACUUCUGGCUCCCUCAGAGCCCAGGCUGCUCACUGAUACAUUCAGGAAUUGUGGAAAUCCUCUGCUUGCCUGGGGUUUUUCGUUCCUGAGUGGGCAUUUCCAUGUUGUCGGAACCUUGGGUGUCCAUUCCAGCCUGGAGAAAAUCAAAACAGCAGCUUGGCUUCUGUGCUGGGAGAGUGGACACGGACCUGAACUGGUCCAGUUCCCAAAUUCCCGCUGAGAUCCCAAAUCCUGCUGGGCACUGCUGAGCUCUGGAGCACAAAUCCCUUGUAGCAGCACACCAGCUGCUCUUAGGGUUGGAUGAAAAGCUCUGAGGAGACAUUCUGUGCUCAGAUCCCUGCCCCAUUCCCAGUUCCCUGCCCCAUUCCC